AUGGCCGCCAAAUUCAUCCCGCGCCAGAGCUUCCCGCACUAUGGAUCGGUGCCGCGGUCGUACUUCCUGGGCCAUCACCGGGCCGGCCUGGAGAAGAUGAAGAAGAUGCUGUCGUCGAUCGACUACGUCAUCGAAUGCCGCGAUUUCCGCGCGCCCGUCACCUCCAUCAAUCCCAUGUUCGAGGAGGCUCUGGGCGACAAGUCGCGUCUGAUCGUCUACACCAAGCGAGAUCUCGGAGCCGAGUCUGACGCAGAGGCAAGAAGGAAUAAGAAACUGAUGCGCCGCCUUGACGAAAAGAGCACCGUCUUUUUCACCACCUCCACCAUGGCGCAAUCCACGGCCCCGAUCAUCAGACACUUGAAGACAGAUGCCUACGGCCCGGACAAGCUCGUCGCAUGCCGGGUGCUGGUCGUCGGCAUGCCGAACGUGGGCAAAUCCACCUUGAUCAACGCCCUCCGCAACGAGGGCGUCAAGAAGGCCAAGGCCGUCCAAACGGGCGGCCAGCCCGGCGUCACGCGGAAGAUCGGCACUCCGAUCAAGAUCGUCGAGAGAGAGCACGGCUCCGACGUCUACGUGCUUGACACCCCGGGCGUCUUUGUCCCCUACGUGCCCGACGCGGAGCGGAUGCUGAAAUUGGCGCUCUGCGGCUGCGUCAAGGAUUCAGUCAUCCCCCCGACCAUCCUGGCGGACUACCUCCUCUACCACAUCAACCUGCACGACCCGCGCGUCUACUCGCGCUGGUCCGAACCGACCAACGACAUCAUGCCUCUCCUCGACAGUUUUGCGCGUCAGUCGGGCUACCUCGCCAAGGGGGGUGUUCCCAACACGGACCUCGCCGCCCUGAGUCUCGUUCAGAAAUGGAGAGCCGGCGGCCUGGGCAGGUUCAUCCUCGACGACAUCCAAGCAGAACUCCAGCGACGGAAAGAGGCGGUUGAAGAGGCGGGUCAAAUCAGCAUGGCGCAGUUGCUCAAGGCCGAGAAAGCGGCCAGACAUGAAAAGCAGAGGAGAAAAGAGGCUUCCUGA